AUGUCAUCGUACUUAGCUUCUCUCUUUCAGAGAAACGAUAUCAAUUGGAAGGCCAUCGGUGCCCUGUUUUUGGUUGCGAAUUAUGCAUUCAAGACGUAUCUCAACUACAGAGAGUACAAUGUCACCCUCCACCCAAAGCCACCAGUUGUUGUUGAAAAGGAAAUCACCCAGGAGCAGUUUGUCAAGUCUCAGAAUUACACCAGAGACCAUCUCAAGUUCAGUUUGAUCCGGGAUACAUCCGAAUUGGUAAAGGAGUUGGCUAUUCUUUAUUUCAACUUGUUGCCUCAGAUUUGGGGUCUUGCAGGGAAAGUGGGAUCGUAUUUGGGUGGAGUCAAACUUUUCAGUGGUAUUUUUGGCGGUGUUACUCUGCAAAGUGUCUUGUUCUUUGCUAUUAAAAAGACCCUCGAGCUGAUUUACGUGAUUCCUAGAUCCUACUACUUUGACUUUUUCAUUGAGGAAAAAUGGGGCUUCAACAAACAGACUCGGAGCAAGUUCUUCAGGGACAGUUUGUUGCAGAUUGUUGUCGUGCAAGCUUUCCAUGCUGCUGCCACUUUUAUUUUUGUCAAGAUUGUUGACUUCUUUGGUGGUGAUUUUGCUAAGUAUGCUAGUGUGGCUUUUUUGGUGGGACUUCUUUUUAUUCAGACUGUCGUGCCCACUGUUAUCUUGCCCUUAUUUCAUAAAUUUACUCCGUUAAGAGAUGGCGAGUUGCGUAUCAAAAUCGAAGAAUUGGCUAAAAAGAAUGGUUUCCCUGUGAAGAAGCUUCUUGAGGUGGAUGGCUCAAGCACUUCCUCACAUUCAAACGCUUUUUUUACUGGUCUUCCCUGGAACAAGCAAAUCGUGCUUUUUGACACCUUGAUUGAACAGCAUACCACCGAGGAGAUUGUGGCUGUUUUGGCUCACGAACUUGGUCACUGGAAAUUGGGCCAUAUUUGGCAAAUCACUGCUCUGAUUGCAGCCCUUGUUAGCGGGAAUUUUCUAUUAUUUACAGCUGCUUUUGAAAGCACUCCUCUUGCUGUCUCCUUCGGUUUCACAGGCGCAUCUCCAAUUGUCAAUCUAGUUCUUUUCAGUUACCUUUCCUGGCCUGUCGACUUUUCUUUUCAAAUAUUCCACAACAUUGUUACGAGGAAAAAUGAGUACCAGGCUGAUAACUAUGCAUUGAAACAAGGCUACAAAGAUGAGCUUGCUUCAGGUUUGAUCCGUAUGAAUCAGAAAAACUUGUCUUCUUUGGAUACCGACUGGCUCAAUUCCCUUUGCACUAUAAGCCACCCCAACUUGGUUGAGAGAUUGCAAGCCAUUGGCUAUGAUCCGAAGGAGAAAGUGGGUAAUCUUCCUGAAAAAGAUAGAAUAAUCAACAACGAGAAGGAAGAGACUCGGGGUUGA